CCUGUGUGGAUGCUGCCGCAGCUGUCUGUGUUUCCAAAAUGACCAAACUCCAGCUCCUGAACGCCUACCUAACGGAGCGGCUGACGGUGGUGGUGAAGGAGAUCCUGGACGUGGUGGAGGACACGGUGACCGAGUACCGGGAGGAGACCGCCAGGACCAAGCGGGAAAACGAGAGCCUGCGGAGGCAGCUGCGGGACAUCCUGCUGCUGGAGGCCGAGACGGAGUGGCUAAGGUCGACCAGGUCCAGUGUUGGGUUUGCAGCUUCAGACCAGCAGCAGCAGCAACCUGAUUUGCAGCUGAGGCCUCUCUCAGAGGAGUCAGACUCCACCCUGAACCAGCCCAAACGCUCACCAGCCAACACCUCCAAUCCUAUUCAUGAGCAGGUUGUUUCGGUGCAACUCCCAUCACUGCAGGGCGAGACGUCUCCAGGGCCGGUAAUCCUGCCACGAGAGAAGAAGCCUGUUGAGGUCAGGGAGACGGUGUUAAAGUGUGAACCGCACAAUGAGGAAUUAAAGAAAGCAUCACCUCUUCCUACUCACUCCUCUCUAAAUCCUCCCACCACCUCUGUUCCUAAGAUUCAUGUUCAAGUUCCAGUGCUGAGAGAGGAGACGCAGGCCCCAGCUCCUCCUCUGAUCAAAGCUGAACCUGAGGAGUACAAAGUGAGUGAACCUGAAGGUCAGACUGAGUCUUUGACAGCAGCCGGAUCCGCUCACAUCACACAGGAACAGCCGAGUUUCAGAACAGAUGCCGACAGAACUGUGCUGGUGCUUUCAGACCGACACGAAGCUCAUCGCAAAAAGAAACCUCAGGAGAAGCCGGCUGUUUCCAACGACGCUGCAGCAGCCGCGUACAUCCCUGAACUCGUCCAUCGCUGCCCUCGCUGUGGCGAGGCGUUCGACCAGGCCAGCAGCCUCCGCCUCCACUUGGAGCAGAAGAGAAAGACCUACGCCUGCGAGUGGUGCUGCAAGUCUUUCGCACAGUCCGCAGACCUGCGGCGUCACCUGCGCACGCACACGGGCGAGAGACCGCACCGCUGCAACUUUUGCUCCAAGAGUUUCAGCCAGAGAGGAAACCUGCGGCGUCACCUGCGUAUUCACACAGGGGAGCGGCCAUACAGCUGCCCAUACUGCUGCCGCACGUUCAGCGAUGGAGACACCAUGAAGAAACACAAACGCACACAUGCAGGGGAGAAACCAGACCGCGGUGUUCAGUGCUCCAAGACACUAACUAACACGGGCGGUUUGCAGAUUCACUUAAAGAAGGACAUGUGUUUCAUGGUUAACGCCUGAUUGGUCCGUUCAGGAGAGGUCCGUCACUUUAGGAGAGAUCAUGGCAUCACAAAAUAGUGGGCUGUAGAUAUGAAUAAGACAGGCAUAUGUCUAGUUUUUGAUGCAUAUAAUCAUAGUAUUUGUUUAUACUGAAGUGGUGCAUCUUCUUAGGUUACAGGCUUCCUUUUUACAUCCCAUUAUCAUAUACAAUACCCAUAACUUACCUAGAAACUACAGCUAUAAUAUUUUUACAGGGGUGUAAAUCUUUAUUUCAAUAGCAAACACAACACAACAAAGUCAUACAAUGCGCCUUUAUUGAUAGAAAGCAGGUACAAAAAGUAUGGAAAGAUAUACAAGUACAGGAAUCUCAAAAUAGCAUUUCCCACUUUUUUUUCCUUCUUCUUUUGUGUCUAGAAAGUAGUGACAUAUUUGGGCAAAAAAGAGUUGUUGUUUUUUUAAACUCGUGGAGAAAUGGCAGGCAAGACUCUAAAACUCCAUCUAUCUAAAGCCUAGGUGAGCGGUGUCACACAACGCUUGUGUAUGGUCCGUUUUCACAAAGUAGUCUGGUUUGGUUCAGUACAGUUUUGCUUCAGUUUAGCUCAUUAAACUCAGAUCUUACCUGUAUUACUAGAGCUGAUGUCUGUAUUACCAACCUCCAGCUUCACUCGUGACAGGAAACCAGCUUCACUGAGCUGAGCCGGUUGUUUUACCCCCAAAAGACUAUUCGUUUGGUCACAGUUUGGCUUUUUAAAUGUCGAUUAAAUAAUGACAAUGGAAGUAGGAAAGGAAACUGGCACUCAAAUGGGAGCUAGCUACCAUGGCUCACAUUAAAUAGCUUUUUUUAACACAGGCUUGUUCAUUAACGGUGCAUCAUUACUUGGUCGCUUACCCAACAAGGUUUGUUUGGUUGAAAGUAAAUCACUGUUUUAAUUUAAAGCAUUUCUGCGACAUAAUGAGGACUUUUUUGAAUGCUAAAGGGCUCAGCUAGCCUCUUAGCUCAGUACAAGAGUCCUCCAGACUCUUGUUUCCCUUCAUCUGACUAGACCAGGUCUGCAGGACUGAGUAAUUUUCUUAUAUUGAUCACCUCCAUGCCAAGAAAAUCAGUUAAUCUGUGAUGAAAAACACGUUUACUUAAGUGAAGGCAUCGAAUUCAGUGAAUGUAGAAAUUCUGUGAUAAUUGCACCAUAGAGAUGCUUUUAGAGCUGUAAAGUACUAACUCCUUUGUUCCUUUUUAUUCCUAAUGGCUCUCCCCCACUUCCUGCCUCCAGAACAUUUGGGAUUACAUGAUUGCAACUUGUAUACCAGGAUUAAACUGAUGAUACAUAACUGAUAAAAAUCUUGCGCUGACAUCUAUUCAUACCACAUUGUUUGCGGAUGUCUGUUAGCAGGGGCGAUAUUGCUGAUACCAAUGUUGAACCAAUGCAUCCUCACUAUUGCUAGUUGUCAAAUACCAUCUGCUCAGCUCUGAUGCUUUGCUCCUUGUUUAGCAACAAGAGUAUUACUGUAGUAAACUAUAACCCUAGCUUAGUUAAUGAUGCAGCAACACUGUUCUAAUCAUUCUGAGUUUUUUGGUCUGUCUAUAAACAUAAAGGUAAAUACUAA